GAUCUCUUUUGAACAUAUCCCUGAAGUCAAGGUUUUGAUCCUUCUUCUAAGAUUUCCCUGAAGUGAUGAGCUGAGACAGGCUAGACGACAGCACCGCAGGCCAAUCCUUGAAGUCACCCGCUUUGAGUUCAGCCAAAACAAUGGCAUGAGAUUCCUCAGUUAAAUGCCUGCAUGUAUCAGUAGGAAGCCGAAUGGGGGGGAUGGUAGUUGGAGGUGUGCGUGUCUGAGAUCCACAGCUUGGGCGGUAGUGGAUCUGAGGAUGGAGGACACUGUGGAGGUUUACAUGGACGAGUCUGCGGAGAUCCCCUGCCUGUACACCUUCACCGAGAAACCUGUGAUGGUGAUGGUGCAGUGGUUUGUGCGGGAGCGUGAAGGGAAUCGGGUGAGGAUCUCCUACAGCGAUCUGACCAUGCAGAAGGUGGAUGAGGACACGAGCUACAGUGACCGUAUCAGUGUACAAUCUAACAGUGAUGGAGAAACUCUGACCAUUCAGGACGUUAAGCUGUCUGAUGAGAGAGAGUUUUUCUGUCAGGUCAGUGGGUUGGCAGCCGGCAAUGGAGAGGGAAGGACUCUCCUGAAGGUUUUCGACCCUCCAGAGCCUCCUGUCAUUGAAGGUGUCCUCUCUGGAGUUUCUGUGUCCAGUGACUCCCCCGCUAAGAUUGCAUCUUGUGAGACCAGAGAUGGCUUUCCAAAGCCAAACAUCACAUGGUACCGUGAUCACAUACCCAUCCACCCUGCUAAUGGACUGGUGAAUGUGGUAACGCUAGUGACAAGAGAAUCCAGUGGCCUAUAUACAGUGCAGAGUGAUUUGCAUUAUAAGGUGACCAAGGAAGACAAAGACGCCUACUUUUCCUGUGAAGUCAGCUACUUUGUCCCAGCAGCUGUCAGGACAUCCGAGUCCAAAGGCGUCAAUAUUACAGUUCACUACCCGACAAGCAGCGUGGAGAUAUGGAAAGAAUCGCCUGAGGGCUUGGUCAAAGAAGGGGACACAGUGGAGAUCCGUUGCCAAGGCGAUGGGAACCCCCCAGCACCCAUCAUUUUCAACCGAGAACAAUCAGAUGUGGAGCUGGACUCCUAUCAUGGGCUGCUGGUUCUUAAGGAGGUGUCUCGAGCAGACAGUGAUGUGUAUGAAUGUCACUCUCUGGACCUGGAUGCAGUGAACCAUGAUGAGGUGGUGGACACCCUACAGCUCACUGUGCACUAUCUGGACCCAGCUGUGGUGAUGCCCAAAGACUCCGAGGUCAUGCUGAAAGGAGAGAGUCUGACAGCCACCUGCAAUGCCCUGUCGUCUUUAGAGACCACUACUGUGUGGUUUAAGGAUGGGAUUGAGGUCGUAAGAGGACACAUAAUGCAGCUGCAGGACGCCACAUUUGACACAGCUGGACAGUAUGACUGUGCAGUGACUGUACCGUCUCUUCCAGGCCUGUCGACCAGCGGUUCAGUCCAUAUCAUCGUACAGGGUGCGCCUCAGAUGAAGGAUGCGGAGAGGGAGAUUGAGCUGACAGAAAAGGUCGGGGGGUGGUUAAAUCUGAGCUGUGAGGUGAGAGGUUACCCUCGACCCACCAUCACCUGGAGCGUCACUGGCAGCCAGGGCUGGCGUGAGGUUGUUAAAAGAGAGACGGAGGAGCAAGUCCACAGUGUUGUGAUGCUUAAAGUUACCACUGACAUUGUUGCUAUCUGCAAUUCAACAAAUGACUUUGGAAUAGAGAGCAAGACCUACAACAUCAGAAGCAUUCCAUUCUCCCAGACUCCAACGGCUAGAAAAACUUCAGUCGAUAAUAGUGGAGUGAUUAUUGUGGUGAUUAUUGUGAGCAUCCUGUUGCUGGCCAUCCUGGGCAGCGUCUUCUACUUCCUGUAUAAAAAGGGCAAGCUACCCUGUGGACGCUCAGGCAAGCAAGAAAUCAUUAAUGCCUACAGCACCAAGGAGAAGACUAGCAAAGAUGACAUCGUCGUAGAGAUGAAGGCAAAAAAGACGGAGGAGUCUGUCCUACUGAAGGGCGUCAAUGGGGAAAAGAAACCUCUCAAUGACCAGAACAACAUCCAUAGCUCAUAAACGGAGGAUUGUCGUCGACUAAAGAUGGCAUCUGUUACUCCCUGCUGACCCAACAUCAAGACUUCAGAGCUGGAGGCCGUCUUGUGGAGCAGCCAUCUUUUCUGGAUAAAGUGGACUGUACUUUUGUAUCUCGUGUGUGAGCAGGAGCAUUCAUGCUUGGAUAAAUGGGACGUAAGCGAGCUGAUCCAUAAAGGAAGAUUGUUCUCUAUUUUCUACUGUUCUUCAAUGUUUUUCUUCAACCAUCGACCAAUUCAAGACAGUGGAACUUUUCCAUAAAAACAAGCAAAAUGAAUUACAGAGCAAACUGGUUGAAAAAAAAAAAACUGUCUACAUUGAUGC